AUGAGACUUAUUGGCUACACUCAAGCCGGCCAUUACCCAUCGGCUGCGUUGGCUGAAACACCGGGUCCAUUACCAAAAUUUGCGGGCUUGGCUUUGCCCACGCUCUCUGCACAGCCAACAAACAACUCGUUGUUGCAGACCCAGCCUAGUGCCUUGAUACCUCAAAACACUGCCACUCUACAGUCUGUUCCCCAGGAAAACAUUUCUCCAGUAUCUGCUGCGGACUUCCAGCGCUUUGGACAGAUGUUUGUUAAAACUACUGGUUCUGAAACGGCGCUUUUAGAUGGAUCCACUGCAAAAGAUAUCUUUCUUAAGGCCCGAUUGCCUACUGCGACUUUGGGUCAGAUUUGGAGCUUGGUUGACUUGUCUAACCGCGGCUCAUUGGAGUUACCUGCCUUUGUAAUGGCCAUGCACUUGAUCCAUGGCUUGUUGAGUGGUUCUAUUAAGCAAUUGCCUCCAUUUUUGCCUGAACAUGUAUGGCAGUCCGUCAACCAUAAUUCCUCUGCUCUGGGUGCCCGCCAAGCCUCCUACUCGUCAAUUGCCUCGCUGCAGUCGACAGUUAGACACCCUCCAGUGCAGCAAAAGCCUCUGGUGGCUUCUGUUCCUGAGCAGUCUCGUCUGGAGUCGGGUGGAAGUGCUGAAUCCGAAUGGUCCGUACUGGCCGCUCAGAAGAAGCAGAUGGAUUCAAUUUUUGAUAGUUUGGACAAGGACAAAAAGGGUGCCUUGAACCCUGACCAAGUCGCUAAUUACCUCAUGACGUCUCGCUUGGACCAGCAUGACCUUGCUGCUAUCUGGGAUUUGUCGGACAUUCAGAACACUGGAAUCUUCAGCAAAUUGGAGUUUGCAAUCGCCUUGUUCUUGGUCAAUCGAAAAAUUGCUGGACUCUCCUUGCCAAAUGUGGUUCCCGACUCUUUGAUUGCCUCUCUUAAAGCUGAUCGCGUUCCUUCCAUUCCCCCAUCUCGGGAGAAUACUCGUCAGUAUGGCCUGCCACAGAGACCGACUUCUCAGCCAAAUGUUUCCGAAUCCAACAAGCCUGCUGUGAAAUCUUCCAUGGAUGAACUUGCUGAUAUUUUCGGGUCUCCAUCGCCUGACACCAGUGGACAUGUCACUCCAAACCCGACCUUGAAUAAGACUUCCACCAAGAGUGACUUGACCCACACUACUGACUUGCCAAAGGUUAGAACUCAGUUGACCUCCUCAUUCAAGCCCACCUCCACAUUUGGUCAAUCUUUACUUGCUCUGCAGAAGUCUGUUGAUAGUCCAAGUUUAAUCGGUGAUGAUGUGCCAUCUCAGACGCACACCCCACCAUCUGAGAGUACUAGUACAUCAGCUCCUCCCACUGUAAUUCCUUCUUCUGCUUCUCAGCAAAGGGCACCAACUCAAGAAGUUUUUGACCAGCCAAAGCAGAAGACUGUGGAUUACGAGGCUUUGAGAUCGGUUCCCCCUCCUCCACCAAAAACCAGAACAUUUGAACAGAAUCAACAAUUGCAGCCAUCUGGAUCUCUGCACUUGUCUUAUUUUGGCUCUGGAAGCCCUUCUGUUUCCAACAGAGACGUCUCUGGCCAAUCUGGGAACUCUGAUUUACUUGCAGACUCGGAGAUUUCCGGUCAAUUAUCUGAAGCAACUUCAAAUAUUGCCAAUAUCUCCACCCAAGUUAAGUCAUUGACUACCCAGACUUCCAACUUGCAUGAAAAGAAGUUGAGGGCUGAUCAAGAAUUGACCAGAAUCUUGGCAAUUAAGGAAGACAUUGAGAAUAAACUCAAGGUGUUGAGGGCCUCGUACGCUAACGAGGUCAAGCAAGUUGAACAAGUGGAAGCCACUUUAGCCAAUGCUAAGGAAGAAACGGAAGCAUUACGUUCCGAAGCUUCUAUCACUGAGGCUAAGUUGAAUAACGUUUCUGGUGAGCUAAACGAGAAGCAAGUAGCUGUUGAAGAGCUUCAGAAGACCAAUUCUGUUUUGAAAGAAAAGUUGGGGAUUUUGAACGCCGAAAUUGCAGAGAUUCAGAAGCAGGCCGAGUCUAAGCAACUUGAGAAUUCUCAAUUGGAAAAGGAGGUCAGCGUCAGAAAGUCUCAACUUCAAGUAGCCAUUGUCAAAGUUGAUGACCUCAAAUCUGAAAUUCUGGAUCUCGAGGCUUCAAAUGAGAAAUACAAGCUAGACAUCCAAAAGCACGAGGAAGAAGUUAAAAAGGCAGAGGAAGAGAGAAUCGCAGCUGAAAAGCGGGCCAAGGAGUUGGAGCUUCACAAUGAGGCACUCAAAAAGACUGUUGCAUCUCAGAAGACGCCCUCUAAGUCCUCUGGACUUGGUACUGCUGUUGCAGCUACUGCAGCUGCUGCUGUCGGCGGCGCAGCGGGUUUCGCUGGUGCCCAUUUUUUGGGAUCAUCAGAAAGUCAAGAAGAAUCCGUAAGAGCUGAACCUCCGGCCGAGUCGACUCAAAAGUCUGUCGAUUUGCCUGUUCAGCAAUCAACUGAACAGACAGAACCAAAGCAGGGGUCAGUCACUGAAGUUGAACUUCCCGGUGCCCUUCUGUUUGGAAAGGAAUCAGUUGAAUCUUUUCAUGCCUCAAAUGAAGUUGAAAGUACCGCUGAACCAACUAUUGCUGGUUUGGUAGAUGAAGUUCAAGAUAAGCCGACUGAGGAUAUGACGGGUUUGGAUGAUUUCGAGGAAGCAGAGCAUAAAGCACCACAACUUGACACUACGGAAUUUAACUCAGCGGACCUUGACGAUCUAAAGGAGAGAUAUCCUGAGAUUGACACAGUCGACGACAGAACCAACCAAACUGGCUCCGUUUCUGCAGUGACUGAUUCUUACAGACAGACUGGAAGUAUCGAAACUCCAAUUACUUCGCCAGAUAAUUCUGAAUACAGAUACCAGGCUGGUGCUGCUGGUGUAGUGGGCGGGAUGGUUGGCAUGCCAGGUGUUUUAGUUGGCGUACAAAGAACUGACUCCAUGACCUCUAGCGUACAGAAUAACGCAUCAUUGUCUGUACGUGAUGACAACAUUGAUGAUGUCAGCGAGCGUGAAACCUUAGAGGACUUGCCAGCUCCUUCAAAUCCAGAUUCUCUGACAGAGAUCAAGGAGGGUGAGGGACGUCUAGAGGACUCUGAAGGGGAGAGGCUUUCUUCUGGUGUUGAGCUGUUUGAGAUCGUGAACGCUGACGAAGCGAGAGGCUUGGAGAACUCUAACAGGUUGGAAGGAUCCACCCAUCCAUUGGCGCAAAGCUUCGUUCAACCUGCCCAGAACAAGUAUGAUGAGGAGUUUCCUCCAAUUCAGGAAUUCAAUUACGAUGAAAGCUCUUCUUCAGAGGAAGACGAGGACAUCCCAGAAGAAAAAUUUGAUGACGCCGUCGAUCAUAUUUCACCUCGCCCAACAGCAGGCGAGUCAGCUGCGACAGAUGAGUUUGACGACGACUUCAAUGACCUCGAGCCAGCAGUGCAAGAAAAGGAUAUUCCACAUGAGGAUUUGUUUGGAGAUGAAUUCAAUGACUUGAAGAUUGCAGAGGCUGAUGAGGGUGAGGACUUCCCUGUUGAGCAAGAAGUGACCAUGGACGAUCACUUCACUGGAGCAGUCGAUGGUGGAUUCGUUGCACAUUCCUCUGCUCCAGACUUCUCUGUUGGUGGAUCAGCACCGGACGCUAACGACGAAUGGGAGCAGUUAUUUGCUGGAUUUGGUAAUGCCAACACUGCACAGCAGCCGAUUGAUAGCUCCAAGACUACUGCCAUUGACGAGUUGGUUGGCAUGGGAUUCUCGGAGUCAGCAGUAGUAGAGGCUUUGGAAAAGGAAAACUGGAAUGUUGAGGCCGCCACAAACUACUUGUUAGAUAACGCCUAA